AUGUCUCUGAGUCCCACUCAGCAUCAGUAUGACACAAAGCACAAUCCCUACCUUGAGUGGGCAGCUUCAUGGUCGGACUACGUCGAAGAGAUUUUAGCCGAAAAAGAGCGUGAUCUUGCAUUAGAAAAUGGAGAUUCCAGUGAGGACUUGGAGUUCCAAUGCUAUGAAUUUGAUUGGGACGUCACUCGUAACUCGGACGACUCAAGACCUCAGUCAGGUGAUUCAUGGGAGAGACAACCCAUGGUAUCAUUUGCUGAUGAAUAUGAAGCACGAAUGGUUUGGUGGGAUGUACGAAACGACUUCGAAGCGCUCUCUCACCACUACAAUAUUCAUCCGCACUUCGAUCUAGACCUUCAGCUUCUCGAUAUCAUGUCAGCUAGAGGUAACAGAGCUAGGUUGAAUAGCCUAAUAGCCUCUGUCCGCAAAAACCAAGCCGGAGAGUCGAGAAUGAACGACCCAACUAUGUGGCGCGGAUACAGUGGAAAAUGGAGCUCAAAGAAGAAAGAAGUGAAAGAUUACCUUGACUGGAAUGGCUUCGAAGCAUUAGAGACAAGACCAGUCAACCCAAUCUUGAUUCUGGGUUGUCGCAUUGAUACAGAGAUUCUGCCAGAAUUGUUUGAUCAUCUACUGCAACGGCUUGAGAAGACCACUAAUGAAAUGAUGAUGGGAUACCCAGAGCUAUUUCUUAAUAUUGUUCGAGAAGAAUCUUGGAUCAGAGCUCAGGCGGUAUGGUCAAGAAAAAGUUCCAAUGUUUACGUCGCUGGUAUCUGUCAAGAGAUCAUGAAUCAUCCCAGGACUCAGUCACCACCAAUCUUUACGAUGUUACCACAAGUGAUUGCGGGAAUCCGAGAGGAUGAGUUUAUGAUCGGUUUCGAGUAA